AUGGUAGCGUGGGAGGAGGCAUGCGCUUAUCCAGGAAGGUCGGUGUUGUACGUACCACAGGGCACAUUCUUCGUCGGAGAAACUGUAUUUUCCGGCCCCUGUUUCAACGACCUCUCUCCCAAAGUCCUCAUUUUAGGAACCUUGAGAGCUCCGACCGCCCUCGACGACGCCGACGUCUGGAUCCACUUCAAAAGCCUCCAUCACCUCGACAUCACUGGUGGCGACACCAAUACCACCGCCAUUCUCGACGGUCAGGGCGCUCAAACCUGGUCCAAUUCUGCCUGCCGUCGCCACUUCACUUGCGACAUAUUUGCCACCUCUUUGAAGCUGAGCGAUGUGUCAUAUGGAAGGGUGAGCAAUAUUGAGGUUGUGGACAGCAAAGGUUUCCAUGUCGCUCUUCAUGGUUGUGACAAUAUUCAUCUCUCUGGAUUCAAUAUUAGAGCUCCAGGGGACAGUCAGAACACCGACGGCAUCCAUGUUAGUCAGUCUACCAACAUCAACAUUACUUCCUCCGAUAUUGGCGUCGGCGACGAUUGUGUUUCCAUCGGACCCGGCAGCGUUAACGUGUCCGUUUCCGACAUUAACUGUGGUCCGGGACAUGGAAUUAGUGUGGGGAGCCUAGGGAGGUACCAAAAUGAGAUGGAUGUGGUGGGAAUAAGAGUGGAGAAUUGUUCCAUAAAUGGCACUACAAAUGGAGUGAGGAUAAAGACAUGGCCAGGACAGCAUUCAAGCAUAGCUACCAAUUUGACAUUUCAAAACAUUGUCAUGUCCAAUGUCUCAAACCCCAUUGUCAUUGACCAACAAUAUUGUCCCAACCAUUCUUGCAAAACACAUGAGGCAUCGAAUGUGAAGCUGAGUGAGAUAAAGAUGAGAAACAUAAGUGGGAGUUACAACUCAGAGUUUGCAGUAAAUUUGCAGUGCAGCUCAGGGAAGGCUUGUGAGAAAAUUGAGCUUUCUUACAUAAAUCUCACUGCCACUCAGCCACCUGAUCAAAACCACCAAAUCGGGCGAUUCAACUGCAACGGUGCCCUCCAUGCCUUCACUAUUCUUAAUUCUACAUUUUAG